AUGGCACCCGCCACAUUCAUAAACGAUGUUCGAACCGAUCCAGUGAAGAAGAAGAAGAAGAAGAAGAAGAACAUAUCCUGCUGUCCUCCGUAUCGAUCUCCUCACUCUGAGUCCUUUGUCAGUAUCCUGGAGCAUCUCACCUCUUUCGUGGCGCUCGAGCAUCUGGAUUCGGGAUACCUUUCAGUUGCGAUGCCGGGCACUUCAGGCGGCACAAAAAGCUUCUUGCGAGCGUGA